ACCGUUGAAGGAUAUCAGCUCGGGGAGAGGCGGAGUGGAGAACAGACACGGCAGAGUAGCGAGGCGGAGAGGACGGAGACAGACGAAGGCGGUAACGAUGCGGCUCAAACACCCACCAAAACGGCGAAAAUUGCCCCAAAAGGCAACGCUGACCGCGGCAGAUGACUGGGGAUAGACGUGGCCGAUGGAUUCGGGAUUCUUUUUGUUUCCCAGCAUUCGCCAAAGAAGAAACAAGAUUGUUUCAACGAUUCUCAAUGGGUUUUUGCCACAGUGAACCCAAGAACUUGAGAGCUUUGUGUCACACUUGAAUUAUCAAAAACAUGACGGUGAUGACAAGAUUCUCCAAGUCUGUGGGAAAAAGAAGACAGCUCUACCCCAUUCAACUGGAUAUUGCUGCAGUGGAGACCGCGUUGUUAACGUGAAGAUGGCAAGCAAUACAGCUGUUUGCCGAAUUUUGACAAGAUGGAAGUUUUCUCUCAUUUUAUUUUUUGGCUGGACAUUUGGAUUUAAUUUUACUUUUUUCUUUUCUUUGUUGUUCUCAACAUGGACUUGUUGGGUCAUCGAUACGAACUACGAUUGGGACUCAUGAACAAAGUUCGCUGUUGUACAAUUGAUAUUCAACUGUUUUAAAUAAAGUGUAUGUCCACGUAUUUACAACUGGCUUUGUGUUAUUAGCUGAUAAUCUGGAAAGUGACAAAUGCUGUUUGGUUUGCUUUAAUCUUACAAUUUCGAAAUUAGCUGACAUUAAGUGAAUCUUGGUAGAAAACUACUCUUGUUUGCUUUUUUGUGUCAGUAAUAAGAUUGGUCAUCUCAGCCUUGACAUGGAAUUUAUUUUUUACAUUUAGAUAUUGUUCUGUAAAGAAAAUUAUCUUUGAGAUAAAGGCAACAUUGGUGGUUUUUAAUAUGCUUCUAAUGUAAAAUCUGGUAAUAUGUCAUCAAUGGCUAAAUAUUAGUUAUCCAUAAGGUUUGGUUUAGAACCCAGAUGGGUCGGUCACAAAGCAUAGCCUAAAAGGCUUUCAUAAAAUGGCCACUGCUUCUUUUUCCUGUCUGAGCAGGAAGUGAUGUAAAUGGUGCAGAAUCUAUCAUUUUAUAGUCCCUCACUCUUACAACCUUUAAUUUAAAGUAAGAUUUUUUUUUUAAUUUUACAGCUUGUGUCCUAAUGUUGACAAUGCUCGUGAAUUGAUGUAAAAGUACGUGUAAAAGCUAAUAAAAGGGGUGGGACUUAGACAUCACCUGAGUGUGGGGUAAAUGGAAAUAACGUCAAUCAAAGGCAAAGCUUUCAGAGCAGGGAAGGGAAGGAGCUCUAGAUGGCGGCUGAGCCUUGGGAAGGGUGCCAUGGGUUGUCCUUACAUAGUUUCUCAGGCUUCGUUUUCGAUCCGUCUUGUUAGAUUCUUGUUUAAAGUCGAAAGCUGUGAUAGUACGGUGUUUUUUUAGCUGGAUUCUGUGCGUUUUGUGUGUUUUUUGAGCUGGUUUCUUUGAGCUGGAGGAGCCGUCUGGGCUCGUCGUUGUUUUCCAUACUGAGCUCUGGCAGCCAUGGCGCGACUCCAUUUUUAGUGCUGCUGCUCUGCCUUUGUCGCGCUGACGCUCGAUGCAGACCUCCAAAGGCCUGCAAGCUUUUCUUGCUGAGCUUUUUUGUUUUUUUGUCAUUUAUCUUAUUAUUUGAACGGAUUUUUAUUUUAUCCCAGUUUAAAAAAAUGUUAAAUGCGACGUAACGAAAGGCAAUAUAGCCUGACUUAUAGCCUAGCACCCUUCUUGACAUUGAAUUCAUGUGUUUACAUUAUGCGGUGCUCGAUUUAAAGCUUUUUCUCAUCCGUAAAUGUUAUUUUCUAAUGCUAAAUGUGAUGACGCAGUUUAAAUUGUCGGCAUGCGGCUCGGGCUGUGGACUAAAUUGAACAAUAUACGCCUGAUGUAUAAGUUGUUGUGAAAGCACCUGUCGUAUUUCCGGACCAUUAUUUCAAUUAGCGAUAUAAAAACAUCUUUAAAUUUAUCGAUUUGAUGUCGUGUUGCUCACUCGCGUUGCACCGGCUGGGCUUUAGCUGCCGUCAGAGCCAGGGCGAUUCUAAGGGACUUGUGUGAUGGUUCAUGCCUCCAACUUUUGACAGUAAAUACCUGGACAGAAAAAAAAAAUACUGCUUGUCGGAUAUUUAGGACACUACCAUGAUGAAGAGCAAAAGUAAAAAGCAAGAAGAUGAGGGAUCGACUCAAAGCAAUGCUUCAAGCAACUCUGCCUCAGAGGAAUCCAACCACUCUGCCUCGGAGUCUGGAAGUCAGUCGGAAAGCGAACAUGGCAGCGAGAGGAGGAGAUCACACAACUCUGAGUCUAACAGCUCCUCAGAGUCCGAGAGUCACUCGGAGUCAGAGAGCGAGUCUGCAGAGUCCAAGUCGCAGCAAACCACUUCAGAAGUCAAAGGCAAGCAAGUUAAGAAGAAGGAGCGCAUAGCUGAUGUUAAAAAGAUGUGGGAAGAACAUCCAGAUGUGUACGGAGUUAGGAGGUCGAAUCGCAGCAGACAGGAACCGGCUCGCCUUAACAUCGGAGCUGGGGGGAGCAGCGACUCUGAGAGCGAGAGCCCUAAAAGAAAAUCCUCACGUUUAAAGAAGAAAGAAAAUAUCUGGAAAGAUGACUCAAAUGAUGAUGAAGAGGAGGAGGAGGAGGAGACAUCCAACAGUUCAGACAGUGAGCAGGAAGAGAAAAAAGUUAGAUCCAGACGACUUCCUGCUAGAAGACCUCAGGCCAAAUUGUCAGUCAGAAAAAGGCAAUCCCAAAAAGGAAGGAAGUCGAAGAAACAAGAAUCAUCAGCAGAAGAUGAGGAUGAAGACGACGACGAGGAUGACGACGACGAUGAUGAGGAAGACACUCCGAAGAGACAGACUCGGAGAAGAGGGGCCACAAAAAUCAAAAGCUAUAAAGAGGACCAACAUGACUUUGAAACAGACUCUGACGAUCUGAUAGAAAUGACAGGAGAAGCUGGUGAAGAGCAGCAGGACGACGACAGUGAGACCAUCGAGAAAGUUGUUGACUGCAGAGUCGGAAGCAAAGGAGCUACUGGCGCGUCCACCACGGUAUAUACCGUAGAGGAAAACGGGGAUCCAUGUGAGGGGUUCGAUCCAGAGAAAGACGAAGGCGAGACUCAGUAUCUGAUCAAGUGGAAGGGCUGGUCGUACAUCCACAACACCUGGGAGAGCAUGGACUCUCUCACGCAGCAGAAAGUCAAAGGGCUGAAAAAACUAGACAACUUCAAAAAGAAAAACGACGAGCUGAACGCGUGGUUGAGGAGGGCGUCCCCCGAGGACGUGGAGUUCCAUAACUGCCAGCAGGAGCUCACGGCCGACUUAACCAAGCAGUUUCAGAUUGUGGAGCGAGUGAUCUCUACAAAAACAGGAAAGACACCCGGGUCCUCGGACUUCCCGUCUCACAGUCACAAGACCUCCUCUAACGAGCCCGAGUACUUGUGUAAGUGGAUGGGUUUGCCGUACUCUGAGUGCAGCUGGGAAGAUGGAGCUCUGGUCAAGAAGAAGUUCCAGCACUGCAUCGACAGCUUCACAAACCGCAACAACAGCAAGACGGUCCCGUCUAAAGACUGCAAGGUUUUGAAGCAGCGGCCGAGGUUCGUCGCUCUGAAAACGCAGCCGUCGUACAUCGGCGACGAGAACCUGGAACUGAGAGAUUAUCAGCUGGAUGGAUUGAACUGGUUGGCCCACUCCUGGUGCAGGUGUAAUAGUGUCAUCCUGGCUGAUGAGAUGGGACUGGGUAAGACCAUCCAGACCAUCUCCUUCCUGUCCUACCUGUUCCACCAGCACCAGCUCUACGGACCCUUCCUGCUGGUGGUUCCUCUGUCCACGCUCACCUCCUGGCAGAGGGAGUUUGAGAACUGGGCCCCAGACAUGAAUGUGGUCGUCUACCUCGGUGACGUCAUGAGCAGGAAAACCAUCCGUGAUUAUGAGUGGGUGAACCAUCAAACCAAAAGGAUUCGUUUCAAUGCACUUCUUACCACCUAUGAGAUUCUCCUCAAAGACAAGGGCGUCCUUGGGAACAUUAACUGGGCUUUUCUGGGUGUGGACGAGGCUCACAGGUUGAAGAACGAUGACUCCCUGCUUUACAAAUCACUCAUGGAGUUCAGGUCGAACCACAGACUCCUCAUCACCGGCACCCCUCUGCAGAACUCCCUCAAAGAGCUCUGGUCCUUAUUACACUUCCUCAUGCCCGACAAGUUUGAUUCCUGGGAGGAUUUCGAGGACGAUCACGGAAAAGGAAGAGACAACGGAUAUCAGAGUCUUCACAAGGUCCUCGAGCCCUUCCUGCUCCGUCGAGUCAAGAAGGACGUGGAGAAGUCUCUCCCUGCAAAGGUGGAGCAAAUCCUCCGUGUUGACAUGAGUGCACAGCAGAAACAGUUUUACAAGUGGAUUUUAACAAGAAACUACAAAGCUCUCUCCAAAGGAACCCGCGGCAGCUCCUCCGGCUUCCUGAACAUUGUGAUGGAGCUGAAAAAGUGCUGCAACCACGGUUUUCUUAUUAAGCAUCCCGAGGAGGGAGAAUCGGAAAACCAGCAGGAAAACCUGCAGGCGUUGGUGAGGGGCAGCGGGAAACUGGUUCUUAUGGACAAGCUGCUGACCCGACUCCGAGAAAGAGGCAACAGAGUCCUGAUUUUCUCCCAGAUGGUCCGGAUGUUGGACAUUCUGGCUGAAUAUCUCACAAAGAAGCGAUAUCCGUUUCAGAGGCUGGACGGUUCCAUAAAGGGAGAAAUCCGAAAGCAAGCACUCGACCACUUCAAUGCAGAAGGCUCAGAGGAUUUCUGCUUCCUGUUGUCCACCAGAGCUGGAGGUUUGGGCAUCAACCUGGCCUCGGCAGACACCGUUGUCAUCUUCGACUCUGACUGGAACCCUCAAAAUGACCUGCAGGCACAAGCCAGAGCUCACCGCAUCGGACAGAAGAAACAGGUGAACAUUUAUCGACUCGUCACUAAAGGAACGGUGGAGGAGGACAUUAUCGAGCGGGCCAAGAAGAAGAUGGUUUUAGACCAUCUGGUAAUUCAGAGAAUGGACACCACAGGACGAACGGUUCUGGACAACAGCUCCGGAACCUCAAACUCAAACCCUUUCAAUAAGGAAGAACUGACGGCGAUUCUCAAAUUUGGAGCAGAAGAUCUUUUUAAGGAGGCAGAAGGAGAAGAGUCAGAACCUCAGGAGAUGGAUAUCGACGAGAUCUUGAGGUUGGCUGAAACAAGAGAAAGUGAUCAAGGCUCAAGUGCUACAGAUGAGCUUCUGUCGCAGUUUAAGGUCGCUAACUUCUCCAGCAUGGAAGAACCGGCUCCAGAGUUUGAGGAUAGGCCCGUGCGGGAAUGGGAUGACAUCAUUCCUGAGGAACAGCGGCGGAAGAUUGAGGAAGAGGAGAAGCAGCGGGAGAUGGAGGACAUUUUCAUGCUGCCCAGAAGCAGGAGUUCCAACAAGCGGGCUCAGGCCAAUGAUAGCGAUAGCGACGUCGGUUCGAAGCUGAAGCACCGCUCAUCCGGCUCAGACAGCGAGACCGACGACAGCGAUGACGACAAGAAACCGAAGAAAAGGGGGAGACCUCGAGCUCGCAAAAACAACGUGGAGGGCUUCACCGAUGUAGAGAUACGCAGGUUCAUUAAGGCUUACAAGAAGUUUGGCUGUCCUCUGGAAAGGUUGGAGGCCAUUGCUCGAGAUUCUGAGCUGGUGGACAAGUCCAUCGCCGACCUGAAGAGACUUGGCGAACUGAUUCACUCCAGCUGUGUGACGGCGGUGCAGGAACACGAGGAGCAGCUCAAAGAAAACCCAGUUGAAGCCAAAGGUCCUGGGAAACGACGAGGAAUCAAUAUCAAGAUUUCCGGGGUUCAGGUCAACGCCAAGUCCAUCAUCCAGCACGAGGACGAGUUUGAACCUCUUCACAAGGCCGUGCCCUCCACCCCUGCUGAGAGGAGCAAGUUCACGCUAACUUGCAGAGCUAAAGUAGCUCACUUUGACAUAGACUGGGAUCUGCAGGAUGACGUUCAGCUCCUCCUCGGCAUCUACGAGCAUGGCUUUGGAAACUGGGAUCUGAUCAAGACUGACCCUGACCUCAAACUUGCUGAUAAGAUUCUUCCAGACGAUCCAAGUAAGAAACCUCAGGCCAAGCAGCUCCAGGCGAGAGCAGAGUACCUGCUGAAGCUGCUAAAGAAGGAGCAGGACAGCGAUGCUGCUUCUAAACUAGGAGAGGAGGUCAAGGUGAAGAAGAGAAAGCCUCGAGUGAAAAAGGACAAGCUUCUCAAAGACGAUCAGGGCACCAAAAUCUCCUCCCCACGGCUUUCUGAUAACCCGUCAGAGGAGGGCGAGGUCAGGGACGAUGGGACAGAAAAACCGGCGGUUAAGAAAAGACAAAAGAAGAAGGACAACAAAGAGAACAAAGAAAAACAGGGAACAGCCAAAAAGGAGAAGGAGGGAGACAAAGAGAAGAAGGCCCCCAAGCCCAGGAAAGAGAGGGCUAAAGGAGCCAAAGGGAAGAAAGCUCAAGGUCCAGUCCACAUCACAGCCGGUUCUGAGCCCAUUCCCAUCGAAGGAAAGGAGGACGAUGAGCUGGACCAGGAGACCUUCAGCAUUUGUAAGGAGCGCAUGAGGCCGGUGAAAAAGGCCCUGAAGCAGCUGGACAAGCCAGACGAGGGACUGUCGGACCAGGAGCAGCUACAGCACACGCGCACCUGCCUGCUGAAGAUCGGAGACAGGAUCACCGAGUGCCUUAAAGCCUACAGUGACCCCGAACAUGUGAAGAUAUGGCGAAGGAAUCUUUGGAUUUUUGUGUCCAAGUUUACGGAGUUCAGCGCAAGGAAGCUUCACAAGCUUUACAAAAUGGCACAGAAGAAGAGGUCCCAUGAGGAAGAGAAGGAGCAGAAGAAGAAAGAGGAUGUAUCAGGAAGAAUAAAAUCAUUCCGACCUGAAGCUUCUGGUUCUAGUCGAGACUCCUCAGGAAAUCAGCCUUCCUCCAAACCCCCGUCUCACCUGUCCGGACCCCACGGGCACCACAGAGAACCGUACAAUGCUGCUAACAAGAGGCACUUUGGCAGUAACGACCGGGGGGGCGACUGGCAGAGGGACCGGAAAUAUAACUACCCAGGAAACAGCAACCAGUUGUGGCAGGGAGACCGGCACCAUCCGUAUGACCCUCAUCGCUACAAGGAUCACUACGGUGAUCGGCGUUCACACGGAGACACGUAUCGCAGCUCCGGUGGUUACCGCAACAACACCUCCCCUCGGAAAAGGCCGUAUGAGCAGUACAGCAACGACCGGGACCACAGGGGUCAACGGCCUUACUACGACAGACAUUCGGACCCCAAACGAAGACGUCCCGAGGAGUUCCAUACCAACUACCACCAGGGAAGAGAAGGCCCCCUCCAGGACUUCAGGAGAAUGCCAGAUCACAGACCAGCAGGUCCAUCUGGACCAGAGCACUUCAGCAGGCCCUUCCACUCAGACAAACCACCUCCACUGUUGGACCCCCGCUCCCCACAGGCUCAGAAGUCCCCCCAGGACUCCCGCUCCCCUCUCGACCGUCCAGUAGAACCCAGUGCCAUGACAGACCCAAACUGGAUCAAUAGAAAGACAUAAAGUCCACCAGCUGAGGUGCAGAAACUGAUUAGAGCCACAUGUUGCUGCUGGACAAAGUGUGGCCUUGACAUUCAUAAGCUGUUAAAAAGGAAAUCAACACGUUCUGAACUUACCAGCAAACUAUUGAGCUCCUUGUUUCCAGUGAUCGUGGCUGAAAACCUUUUGUACCCUGAAGGAAGAAAUUUGUUUCAUGGAAAACAAAAACUGAAACUUGCAUCUUUAACUUAAACUAACUGGUUCAUCAGUUAUUUAUGUUCUGAGUGAAACGCCUAUCAGAUGCUUAGUCCCAUGGACUAUUGGAAGGAAAGUCGAGGCAAAAACUGAUCCCAAUCCUAAAAGUGCCUGAAAGUAUCGGUCUUGGGAAUGGUAAACGUACAGAUCCAUGACACGGACGUUUCUUUGUGUUUUGUUUAGCUUUAAGUAUUGAAAACGAUGUCAGUAGAAGGUUCUUGGUACAACAACUAGAAUGUGUAAUGUGUUAAUCAUUUGCACCUUUUGAAAAGUUUUGAUCAUGUAGCUGAAUGGAUAAAAAAAAUACUGGAAAUGUGAUCAAACAAAGCCAGUGUUUGUGAUCUGACUGAUGGUUUUAACAUUCACAACUGUAGCUGUAGAAAUCAUUACAGUCCUCCCGCUCUGCUCACUUUAACCACUUUACUCAUCUUCUGGCCUUAAGGAAACUAUGGAAGCAGUAUUUAUUAUUAUCACCACUUUUGCUGAGGUUCACAACACUACCUACCAGAGCAAUCCUUUUCUGAUUCCUCUCAGUGUUAUUGUGGUCAAGAGGAAGGGUUGAUUACUUAAUUUAAAGUCAGCGCUUGUCUGGAAAAGCUAAGAAACCAACAUAGUUCUGGUAAAAAGUUAUUGAAAGGAGAGGGUAGAUGUUAUAUCAAGCCUCCUUGUGCCAAAUCUGCCUCUUCUUUCAGUUGAAACAUGACUAAAUAAAGUCAAUCAUCCAUCUGUGUUUUUAUUUACUCCUGAAGGAACUGGUCGUUUGGGGGGGGAUUAUAUAAAAGGAAAUUGUGUGUUUUGUCUCGGGCCCUUCUGGUUACUUUGUCAACAGCCAGCUCUUCUUUUCACCCACCUAAAGCAAACUAAAGUUCCUGUAAUAUAUGUUCUGUAAGAAGUUCUAAAUAAUUUAUAUUUGUGGAAAACAAGUAUUUGUGAGAAAUGUGCUGUACAUAUGUUUGGACAUAUGUAAUAAAACUUUGUUACACAACAAAAUGUUUUAUUUUGACAGAGAAUUUUUUUUUAGAUUUUUACAGAGGAAAUGUUUUUUUUUUCUCUUACCAUUUUUCAUAUAAUCUUAUCUAAAGUUUAAUGCAACACCAAUGUCCAAAGAAGCAAAUUUAUCCUGAAAAUCCUUGAAAAUUUAAGUUCACUUUCUGACAAAUAAGCAUCAAUUUGCUGCUUGGCCACUAUUAAUAUGGAAAUAAAUGUCUUGUUUAUUUUUUUCUCUA